CGCGGCACGUGCUGAACGCCGUCAGGGGAUCCCCAAGGAAAGCCUGGGGUGUUGGGGCAUGAGCCAUGGAAAAGAAUGACAUAAUUGACUUCAAGGCUUUGGAGAAAGAGCUGCAGGCUGCACUAGCUGCUGAUGAGAAGUACAAACGGGAGAAUGCUGCCAAGUUGCGGGCAGUAGAGCAGAGAGUGCCUUCCUAUGAGGAGUUCAGGGGUAUUGUCCUUGCAUCACAUCUAAAGCCACUGGAGCGAAAGGACAAGAUGGGAGGAAAGAGAACUGUGCCCUGGAAUUGCCAUACUACUCAGGGAAGGACUUUCCAGGAUAUGGCCACUGAAAUAUCCCAGGAGAAAACUCCAUUCCAGCCCAAGACUUCAGCAGAGUUCUACCGCGAUUGGAGGCGACACAUGAGGAGCGGGCUAGAGCGCUAUCAGGCCCUGCUGCAGCUCGGGGGUCCUAGGUUGGGCCACCUCUUCCAGACAGAUGUGGGAUUUGGACUUCUAGGGGAGCUCCUGGUAGCACUGGCUAAUCAUGUGAGGCCAAGUGAUCGGGUUACUGUUUUGGGGAUCCUGCAUAGCCUGGCCAACACUGGGCGCUUCACCUUGAACAUGAGCCUGCUGAGCCAGGCAGAGAAGGAGAGUUGCCAAUGCCUAUUUCAGAAGCUACAGGCUAUGAGCACGCCCAAACUCCUGCAGGAAGGCCUCAGCCAGAAGAAGUUGGGUGCAGAGGAGCUGUCUGAUGGGCUUCAGGAGGAAGAGAACCUCCUAGAAGAGCUACUCAGGCUCUACCAGGUUCGCUGAGAGGCCCGGUUGCCCUCAAAGAUACCAGUGGUACCUGGGGGUAUGUUGUGCUGUUUGGUGUUAGUUUUUUUGUGAGAUUG